AUGCCUACGCAGCACGUCGAGCCGGAGUCUCACGAUCUUCUUCAAGAUGUCGCCAACGCGCUGCUCAAGGCGCGAAAGGUGGUUGUUGUGACUGGCGCUGGAAUCAGUACCAAUUCUGGCAUUCCGGACUUCCGCUCCGAAAAUGGACUUUAUUCCCUUAUUCAAGCUCAAUUCGAUGCUGCGAACCAACAAACACGAUCGGCCGAGCGCUCCCGGGCGGAUGGUACUGGCGCCGGCGCCGGCGUGGAGGAAGACGAUUCGGCGAAACGUGCGAGGAGCAUAUCGCGGGAGCCUUCUCCAGACUUGGAUGAAGUUGCUCAACAGCUAAGAGAAGAUAUCAAGGCGCGCGCAGAAUCCGAAGCUCUGGCAUCCGGCAAGGAUACCGAUACACAACGAACCGAGCCCGCCUCAGCUCCCGACGCGUUAAACGAAACCCAUUCAACCACUUCACAUCUUAAGUCUGCGCUUCUUCCUCCGCCACAACUGACGACAUCUCCUCCGUCCUCUCCUCCGAGAGAAGCUUUUAUACUUACUCCAUCCUCACUGCGAGCCCAGCAUGGCAACCAUAUCGCCGGCGCCUCUCAUAAGCUUGUUUCGUCCCCUCUCUCUUCGCCUCCGCCAGUUCUCUUCGACCCCUUCCAUCCCUCCUCUCCUUCAGAUGAAAACAUGAGUCGCCGCAGUAGCACCACACCCUCUGAAAUGGACGAAUCUCAGGAGUUGCCGUCCGCUUCCCAAGCGUCCAACAUGGCAAGGACGUCUUUGCCCAACAUGAAGGGCAAGGAUCUCUUUGACGCCUCGAUAUGGGCAGACCCUACGAGAACAUCGGUGUUUUACCAGUUCGCAACAUCGUUGAGGCAAAAAGUCCGGGACGCCGAGCCUACAGGCUCACAUAAGUUUAUCAGUCAUCUCAGGGAUCGUGGCAAGCUCGUGCGAUGUUACACACAAAACAUAGAUCAAAUCGAGGAAAAAGUCGGCCUGUCAACAUCUCUUCAAGCCGGCCCGGGCAGUAGAGGCCGCUUCUCACGCAAAUCAACCGCAAACACGGCACAGCUCAAUAAGAUGGUCGAAGAAGUAUCCAGCGGUGAGAACAGCGGCGAUGCUGCUCCCUCUAGCAGCCAAUCACCAAGCGAGACGCCAACAAAUGCACCAGACCAGCAAUCACAGACCAGCACCACAUCAUCCCAGCCCAGUGGUAAGACGGAAGAUGAAACUACCACACCGCCAGAUCUACCGAAGCCAAUCCCAAGAAAGGAGGCGCCAGCGCUGCAGUCUGGUGUGGAGUGCGUCUUCCUGCAUGGCUCUCUACACCUUCUACGGUGCUUCCUUUGCGGACGAGUUUGCUCUUGGGACGACGAUGACCGCGAAGUGGAGACACUUUCUGGCCAACAGCCUGAAUGCCCUCACUGUGUUGGUGCCACUGAGGCUCGCCAGGAAAGGGGCAAGCGUGCGUUGGGCGUGGGCAAGCUACGCCCUGACAUUGUACUCUACGGUGAGGAACACCCAAAUGCCCACCUUAUCAGCCCCAUCGUGACGCAUGAUCUUGCUCUAUAUCCGGACAUGCUCCUGAUCCUUGGGACGAGCCUACGGGUCCACGGCCUCAAAGUCAUGGUCAGAGAGUUUGCAAAGACAGUGCACAGUAAGGGUGGCAAAGUGGUAUUUGUCAAUUUCACCAAACCAUCAGAGAGCUCCUGGGGCGACAUCAUCGACUACUGGAUCCAAUGGGACUGUGAUGCUUGGGUGGCUGAUCUUCAAGUUCGCAUACCAAAACUUUGGCAAGACCCGGAGCCGCCAAAGGUCAGGAAGAAGCGUGAAGUAGGGGGGGCCGGCGACGAGAACAAAGAGGAGAAGAAGAAGCCGCCUGCUCAGAAUCCUGUCGCCUUGCGGGACACCAAAGUGAAUGGCGCCUACUGCACGUUGAAAAUCCUGAAAGAGCUGCGAAGAAUCACGGGCAGUCCACCGCCGCCACCAUCGUCUUCUUCUUUACCGCUUCAUCUAUCACUAUCUCUGCCGCCAUUACAUCGCACCACGGCAGCCAUUACCGCCACCCCUGAGCUCCCUGCUCACGUCGAAAUCAUAACUGAAGCUGCCGUCAUAGACGCUCCACCUGUUAGCACGCCAAAAGCAAAGCCCAGGCGAUCGCGUAGGUCGGCACCUGGAGCCAUGGACAGGCCAAAGAGGACACCAUCGACAUUAAAUCCAAAUCAUGGCCGGACAAAGAAGCCCGUAGAAGAGGCCAAACAAGAGGUGCCCGAGACACCUGACCAACCCUCUUCUGUCAACACGGUGGAAGAGUUCAGCUCCAUUCUACACUCUGUCAAAUCGAAUCCCCGUAUUAGGAAGAGGAAAAUGAUUGAUGGGGAAGAGUUUGUGUUCCCUGCGGUUGGGAAGAAGCGCGCUGCAUUGGAUAGCCUGUAUAAAGGCCCUGAGGAAGAGGACAAGAAGACGCUGCCCCCCCUACGUCCGAAGCCUGAGCCUGCAGUUUCAUUUACGCCGUCGCUAGCUGGAUCUGAAGGACCUGUAGAGGACGCUCUCACCUCGAUUUCGGUAAACCUACGAACGGCGACGGCAUUUGCAAUGCCGGAGGCAUUCUACAUUCAAGACCCACUAGUCACAUUGCUGGAAAACCCACCUCAGUGGAAAGCUCUGGAGAUGAAUAUUGAAGGUAAACGCAGCAAGCGUCGCGCGUCCAAGAGGUUUCAAACGGCGCAGAUCGAAACAAAGGCGCAAGCAGAAGCAAACGCGGCACUAGCACUGGCAGGCCUCAAGACAAACAGCCCUAUGGUGACGCAGGUUGCCCAUGCCGUUUCUGGCAGCGGACUUUCAGAAUUGGCGGACUGGGCGUCCCACUGGGAUUGCAGGAAAUAG